AUGGACGACAUUGCUUUCAGAGCACCUUUUUUCAACCUGGGCAAUAUUUAUUGUAUUUGUAUUCUAGAUUCCUCUUUCAGUCUGCAUUCUAAAUGUAUAUCUCUCUUUUCCUAUGACCUUCCACCUGUCUGUGUUUCUGUCUUGUCCACCCCCUCCCCUUCAGCUCCCCCUGAUGUUACCGAGGUGAAUGUGGCAACCCGCUCUGAGACUCACAUAGAGCUAGAGUGGACCAAAGUCAACAACAUCAAGACUUACAUACUGAAAUCAUUCGAUGGAUCAGAAACCCCCAUCACUGGAUUAGAUGGGAACAAAGUGACACACAGAGUGUCAUCUCUCUCUGCUGGAACUGAAUACUCAUUCACUCUCUUCACGGUGUUUGAGGAAGUGAGAAGCACAGGAUAUAUCUUCUCAGCAGUUACAGCUCCCCCUGAUGUUACCCAGGUGAAUGUGGCAACCCGCUCUGAGACUCACAUAGAGCUAGAGUGGACCAAAGUCAACAACAUCAAGACUUACAUACUGAAAUCAUUCGAUGGAUCAGAAACCCCCAUCACUGGAUUAGAUGGGAACAAAGUGACACACAGAGUGUCAUCUCUCUCUGCUGGAACUGAAUACUCAUUCACUCUCUUCACGGUGUUUGAGGAAGUGAGAAGCACAGGAUAUAUCUUCUCAGCAGUUACAGGUAUGUCUCUUUUUUUAUUGCGAAAUUUCAAAGAGUUUUUCUCCGCAACACUUGAAAACCUGUGUCAGCUAGCUCAUAAUAAAUGACACUGUCUAAUGUAUAUCUAGCAUGUCGCCAACAACAUUUUAUUAGAUUACUCAUACUCUACAUUCAAACGCUU